UACCCUACAAUAAAAUAUAUGGAUGGAUAGAUCUGUCGUUUUCAUGGUAAAAUUGGAAUGGCACUGCACCCUAAGUCAUGGAGUGUCAGGCUUACAAAGAUAUCUAGAUUUAAAUAUACAGAUCCAAGAUCAAAUGCCCUGUUAUGUUGAAAACUGGUUUAUUUUCUGCAUCAAUCUGAGAGAAGGGACUAGUCGAAACAACAGCCUUUUUAACUAAGAUUCAUGGUAGGAUAGAUAAGAUUAUAAAAAAAUAACUAUCAAUCUGAUAUAUCUGGGAGGACACUUGUCAAAAAUAUUCAUAAACAAAACAAAAUUAUUUCUAUCCUUGAUCCUAUAGACUGCCACAUUAUUAAAAGCUUUCCGGGGCUUCCUUUAACUUCAUAACAAAAGUUUCAGUAGACAAUUCUCUGUUCUGUUUAUCCAAAAUUAGUGUUAGAGAUUCUGUAUCUGGAGAGUGGGUUGUGUUAAAAUGAACGAGUCAAAGGUUGAAACAGCUGCACGGGUUGCUCAGUGGAGAAUUGAGAACAUGGUUUCAUCUUCUUACCGGAGGUCCGAACCCUUCAAGAUGGGGCUCUGGAAUUGGCAUCUGUCUGUGGAGAAGAGCCGUUAUGUGUACGUUCGUCUGUUUCCAGAACCUAGUCGACAUUCAAAGGAGCAGCCCCCAAUUGCCACAUUCAUGCUUCGAUUAUAUAACGUUGCAGCGAGUAGACGCCCCUUGACAUCUCUGGUUGAUGCAGUUCAUGACAGGUUACUUCGAAGCAGCGAGGAUUAUGUGUGGGCUGUAGAGAUUGCUUAUCAUGGAAGGUUUAUCAUUGAUGUGGAGUUUCUAGAUCUAAAAGUUGCUUCAGUUAAUGGGGCUGAGCCUUCUUCUAUAUGGCCAAAUGAAGGAAUCAUGCGAAAUCAAGCAAUAAAGGGUACACUAGCAUGCCUUUCUCGUAUGCUGAAUGAUGGACUUCAUGCUGAUGUUACAAUAAACACUGCUAAUGGUACUGUAAGAGCACAUCGGGCCAUUCUAGCAGAAAGGUCCACUGUAUUUGAAAGGAUGCUAUCGGAAGACUUUAAAUGCAAAGAAUCAUCAAUAGUUAACAUUGAAGAUAUUUCUGUAGAAGCUUGCACAACUCUCUUAAACUACCUUUAUGGAGGCAUCAAAUAUGAGGACUUUCGAGAGCACAGGAUAGCUUUGCUUAGGGCUUCUGAGAAGUUUGAUAUUGGGGACUUGAAAGAAGCAUGUGAGGAGAGCCUUUUGGAGGAUAUAGAUUCUAAAAAUGUUCUGGAGAGGCUUCAAGUAGCCUGGCAUUAUGAGCUAAUUCAAUUGAAGAAGGGGUGUUUGAAGUACCUGUUUGAUUUUGGGAAGAUUUAUGAUGUGAGAGAAGACCUCAGCAUAUUCUUCCAGCGUGUUGACAGGGAGUUGAUGAUUGAGAUGUUUCAAGAAGUACUUAAUGCUUCAGGCAUAGCAUAACCAUGUACAUAACUCAGCCUAAAAUAGAAAAGCAUAAUUAUGUACACAAUUAUUUGUUCAUAAAGUACGUAGCAACUUUUAUGGAUAACAGCUGAAGUCCCAAGUUCUUCCUUGUAUGGGUCUCCUAAAGUGUUGUUAUUUUCAUUACAAGGAAACCGAGGUAUUUCAUUAAAUAUUCUACCUCUACCCAAGGUAUAUUCUUCCUCCAGAUUGACCUAAUUUACCUGUGUGGAUAGGCUUAUCGUUUCAAUUUCAAUUUCUGAUAGCUUAUGCAUGGACAUUUCUUUAUCUGAUAUACAUUAAUUUGCAUUUUGUGCUCAUCUUAAAUUGCUGUUA